GAUACUGGAAAUAAAGUCAGUAGAAAGGCUCAUAUAUAUGGCAUUCAAAAUAUAGUUCUUGGAGGAAAAACUAUUAUUCAAGAUAAUGCUGUAUUAAGAGGUGAUUUGCGACGGGCCGGUGCUGGUCACUCUGUUGCAAUUACUACUGGUCGGUUAUGCCAAAUUCAUUCCAAUGUAAUUAUCCGGCCACCAUAUAAACUUUAUAAAGGAUCGUUUAGCUACUACCCAAUGAAAAUGGGUGACCAUGUCAUAAUUGAGCAUGGCUCAAUUGUUGAAGCAAGCAGUAUUGGAUCGUACAUCCACAUUGGAAAAGACUGUGUGAUAGGUCGAUUUGUUGUGAUCAAAGACUGUACACGGAUUCUAGAUGGUGCGGUUGUGCCUGCUAAUACAGUCAUACCUCCUUUUUCUGUAUUUGGAGGAAAUCCUGGUCUGUAUCAUUUUGAUGUCUAUUUUAGCACUUUUAUGCUAUACUGA